CUGGGAUCUUAUUGGCUCAUUUCGGCUUCUUUUCAAAAAGUUCCGUCUCAGACCAAGGCGGAGGGAAGAUUCAAAUUUAGAGCAACAGAAACGGUCAAACUAAACAGAUUACUACUCUUUACAAUGAAUCGACAAGCGAAAUGUAAAACGCCCCGAAGGCAUCCUCCUAAAAAGCCUCCCAACAGCCAGAGAGACCCAGUUGGGGUGUAUCUACGUGUGCGGCCUCUGGUUGCGGAGGACGAGGAGUGCUGCAUUGAGGUGAUCAGCAGCUCCACCGUCCAGCUACAUGCUCCCGAGGGCUUCAAAGUCAACCGCAAUGGGGAAUAUAAAGAGACACAAUACUCCUUCAAAUACGUCUUUGGAGUUUCUGUAUCGCAGAUGGAGCUCUUUGAGAACGUGGCCAAACCUCUUGUUGUCGACCUCAUUCAUGGGAAAAAUGGGCUGCUCUUCACAUAUGGUGUCACAGGAAGCGGGAAGACUUUCACCAUGACUGGCUCUCCAGGUCAGGGUGGACUGCUGCCACGUUCCCUUGACAUGAUUUUCAACAGUGUCGGCCCCUUUCAGGCUAAAAGAUAUGUUUUUAAGACGGAUGAUAAAAACGGUAUGGAAGUUCAGUGUGAAGUUGAUGCUUUGUUGGAGCGUCAGAGACGGGAAAACAAUUUAACAGUUCUUAAAACUCCCUCCUCCAGACAAAAGGUUGACCCUGAAAUUGGUGACAUGCUGAAGCCAGAGGAGACCUGUAAAGCAGAUGGUGUGGAUGAGGACAGCUGUUACAGCGUCUUUGUCUCCUACAUCGAAAUCUAUAACAACUACAUAUAUGACCUCUUAGAGGAAACGCAAGAAGACGCGAUCAAGCCAAAGUGGAAUGGUGGAGGCACACCUGUGCGCCAGAACACUGAGUUCAUACCGCCCCAAUCUAAAAUCCUUCGAGAGGAUCAGAACCACAACAUGUAUGUGGCCGGAUGUAUGGAGGUUGAAGUCAAAUCUGCUGAGGAAGCAUUUCAAGUGUUCUGGAGAGGUCAAAAGAAGAGGAAGGUUGCAAACACUCGGCUGAACAGAGAGUCGAGCCGAUCGCACAGUGUGUUCAUCAUCAAACUGGCUCAGGCUCCUCUGGAUGCAGAGGGGGACAACAUUCUCCAGGAUAAGAACCAGGUGAGCGUCAGCCAGCUGUGUCUCGUUGACUUGGCGGGAAGCGAGCGCACUGGUAGGACGGGAGCUGAAGGCACACGAAUACGUGAAGCAGGAAACAUUAAUCAGUCGCUCCUGAAUCUGCGGACGUGCCUCGAAAUACUUCGGGAGAACCAAAUGUACGGCACCAACAAGAUGGUGCCAUACAGGGACUCCAAAGUCUCCCACCUGUUUAAAAACUACUUUGACGGAGAAGGAAAAGUCCGGAUGGUUGUGUGCGUCAACCCGAAGGCGGAUGAUUACGAGGAAACACUGCUGGUGAUGCGGUUUGCAGAGAUGACCCAGGAAGUAGAGGUGGCUCGUCCGGUAGACAGGCCCAUCUGUGGGUUCACACCGGGACGCCGCCAUAGGAACCAGGCGUUCAGGGAGGAGAUGUCUCAAAGGUUGGAGGACCGGGGUGACGCGAUGUCUGCUCUAAAUGGCAUGGUGUUGAGCCUGCCACCUCUGCCCACAUCUGAACUGACUGACCCGAAUGAUGAGAUCACCAUUCCUCAGCUGAUUGAAGCACUGCAAAACAGACAGAGGAUCCGGCAGAUGAUGAUUGACGAAUUCAACAAAGCAGCAAGCAGGAUGAAGUCUAUGCUGCAAGAACUGGAUUCCGACGUCAUUUCCAAAGAGAAUGCGAUCCUUGAACAAAAUGGUAGACUUGCAGAGAAAGACAAAGUGAUUCAUAGCAACAAGAUGGAGAUUGAACGUUUAGAGAAAAAGACCAAAAUGCAAGAACACAAGAUUGACAUUCUUCAGAAAACGACUAAAAUCUACGAAGAUGACAAGCGCUCUCUGCAGCAAGAGGUGGAUACCAGGGGACACAGGCUGCAGAGAGAGCUUUCUGAGAAGAGACGCAUGGAGCAGCGCAUGCAGGGCGUAGUCUCAGACACACAGCAUAAGUGGGAGAAAGAGUGUGAGAGACGAGUGAAUGCGAUGCAGCUUGAGAUGCAGAACAAGCUGUGGGUGAAAGACGAAAAGCUGAAACAACUCAAAGCUAUAGUAACAGAGAGCAAGACUCCUGGUCGUCCCGAACCACAGCCGCGUCACACUCAGCCUCUGCCUCAGCGCCCGUCCAGGGAGGAGCGGCCUUCCAGGGAGGAGCGGCCUUCCAGGGAAGAGCGCCCGUCCAGGGAGGAGCGGCCUCCAUCAAAGAGAUCAGCCUCACCGUCGCCUGUUCCGAGUCUUGACGAGUCUCGUCAGAGUCUCGACGAGUCUUCUCAGGGUCUUGAUGAGUCUCGUCUGAAUCUCAACGAGUCUUGUCAGAGUCUCAGUGAGUCUCCUCAGGUCAGUCCAGUGCCAGGGUCACCUGCAGUCAGAGCCACUAGUGAUGAGGAGGUCGAAAUGAACCCAAGACCCACAUGCCCCCUUCCGAGCAGCAGUUGUUCUAUAUCAGUGGCCAAUACCGUCUCCUUAAUGGAGCAGGAGGCGGCUCCAGAUGAGGUUUUACGGUUACCUGAUGUCCCCAAAAGAACCCUGUCUCCCACUAACUGCUCAGCCCGCCGAACCAAGAGAAGAGCAGAGUGCUGUAGUAGACGGGAGGCCUGUCUCCCCUCUCCCAUUUUACUCCUUGACUUCAUAGAAGAGAGAAACAACAGGGUCAGUGAGACGACCACGCCGGUGCGGCCUCGCCACCGCCGUUCCCGUUCUGCGGGCGUAGAGAAAUGGGUGGACCACAAGCCACCCUCCAGCCUUAACUUGGGGACGGUCCUGCAGCCGGUCAUCCCCAACGCGAUCCAGGUGUCUGCACCCAACGAGAAGGCCCUGUCCAAGUGCGACAGAUACGUGUUAACGCACCAAGAGGUCGCCUCUGAUGGCGAGAUACAGACCAAACUCAUCAAGGGGGAGGUCAUUAAAACCAGAGGCGGAGGCCAAUCUGUUCAGUUCACCGACAUCGAGACGCUUAAACAGGAGCUCACCACCGUCUCAAGCCGAAAAAGGAAAUCUUCAGAAGGAGCUGCUGCAGGUGGAAGUCAAACAGAUGGUGCUUGGACUGAUGUGGAGACACGGUGCUCUGUGGCCUUGGAGAUGAGGGCCGGGUCAAAGAUGGGGCCUGGAGUUGAGCAUCACGGGAUCACAAAGCGCAGAAAACCCUGAAAGCUGCUGGUUGCUCCGUCAGUAACUCCUCUCUCCUGUCCUCACUUGGCUGCUGUGCAAUACUCUGAACUUGUAUUUUGUAUUUGGCUCUUGUUCUAAUUUAUGCUUUUUUUUUUUCAUGCUUUUUUUUAUAUAUUUGCAAAGGAUUUCUAGACAUAGGUCACUAAAGUGUUCAUAAAACAUUGCUGAUAUUGGUCUGCCACUCACUAUUUGUCAAAAUUUUUCAUUCUAGAUCUACUCUUGAAUAAAACACCUUUUGAAGAGA